CUGCACGCAGACAAACCCCCUCCUUCUGACAAACACUUGUAGGAAAUCAGGCUGGGCGCUUCCUGCCGAGGCGAGGCGGCCUCAGCCGCCGCAGGGGCGGGGAGAGGUGGGGAGCGAUGCUGGUCUGUGAGCAGCAGCUUGGGCUGGCAGAACGGCCUGGAGGCGGGCCAGGGCGCAAUGGAGACAGGGGGCUCCCUGGGUUUGGAACAAAGACUUCACAGACAGGUCCCCUGAAACUGGGUCGGCAGGACGGUGGUGGAGCCCGAGAGAGGGCACAGGCAGGAUGGCCGAUGCCGACAGGAGCCAGCGGUGACUCUGGGGCCCCUGGCAGCAGCUCUGUCUCCUGAAGAUGAAGUGGCCCAGGUGAAGCUCAGGCCAACCCCGAUGGCCAGCUCGGAGACUGAGAUCUGCUGGGUUGAGCCUGGCCUGGGGAAGGGUCCCCGGCGGCGGCACUGGGCCUGGGCUGAGGACAAGAGGGAUGUGGAUAAUGGUUCACAAAGCUGGGGAGAAGAGGGACUCUUUCCCAAUGCCACCAGCCCCGAGCUCCUGGAGGACUUCCGCCUGGCCCAGCAGCACCUGCCGCCUCUGGAGUGGGACCCGCAUCUGCAGCCCAAUGGGCAUCCGGAUUGUGAGUCAGGAGAGACUUCAGGAGAAGAGGCUGAAGCAGAGGAUGUGGACAGCCCAGCAAGUUCCCAUGAGCCUCUCGCCUGGCUCCCCCAGCAGGGCCGUCAGCUGGACAUGACUGAAGAGGAGCCAGAUGGGACCCUUAGAAGUCUGGAGGUUGAGGAGGCUGGAGAGAGCUCCCCAAGGUUGGGGUAUGAGGCUGGUCUCAGCUUGGAGGGCCGUGGAAACACCAGCCCCGUGGCUCUUGGGCAUGGUCAGGCCAGGGGCUGGGUGGCUUCUAGCGAACAAGCCAGUGGGGACAAACUUUCUGAACAUUCCGAGGUCAACCCAUCCGUUGAGCUCAGCCCAGCAAGGUCCUGGAGUAGUGGGACAGUGAGCCUCAACCACCCUAGUGACAGCCUUGAUUCUACCUGGGAAGGAGAGACCGGUGGCCCCCAGCCCACUGCCCUGGCAGAAACCUUACUAGAGGGCCCCAGCCACCACCUCCUAAACCCAGAUGACAGAACUGGAGGCAGCGUUGCUCUGGCAACCCCCAUGGAAUUCCAGGACUCCUCAGCUCCCCGAGCCCAGAGUCCGCAGCCUGCCGCGGAUAGAUGGAGGAGAGAAACGACCAGAUUCUCCUGCCCUCAGCCCGAGGAACACAUCUGGAAGCAGACAAAGACGUCACCUAAGCCACUCCCUUCCCGAUUCAUUGGCUCCAUCAGCCCCCUGAAUCCUCAGCCCAGGUCAACACGGCAGGGCAGGCCGCUGCCCAAACAGGGAGCCACUCUGGCUGGCCGCUCCUCUUCUAAUGCCCCCAAGUAUGGCCGGGGGCAGUUGAACUACCCACUCCCUGACUUCUCCAAGGUAGGGCCCCGGGUGAGAUUCCCCAAAGAUGAGAGCUACCGUCCCCCCAAGUCCAGAAGCCACAACAGGAAGCCUCAGGCCCCUGCCAGGCCCCUCAUCUUCAAGUCACCAGCUGAGAUUGUGCAGGAGGUGCUGUUGAGCAGUGGAGAAGCAGCCUUGGCAAAGGACACGCCUCCUGCCCACCACCCCAUCACCAGGGUACCCCAAGAAUUUCAGACGCCUGAGCAAGCCACUGAACUGGUCCAUCAGCUCCAGGAAGACUACCACAGGCUUCUCACCAAGUACGCUGAGGCCGAGAACACCAUCGACCAGCUACGCCUCGGUGCCAAGGUGAACCUGUUCUCUGACCCACCCCAGCCCAGCCACAGCAUCCACACAGGAAUGGUGCCCCAAGGGACCAAGGUCUUGUCCUUCACCAUCCCACAGCCCCGCUCUGCAGAGUGGUGGCUGGGCCCGGCCGAGGACCCCCAGGCCUCUGCGGCCUCAGGGUGGCCAUCAGCUCGAGGAGACCUGAGCCCCUCCUCGCUCACCAGCAUGCCCACCCUGGGGUGGCUUCCAGAGAACCAGGGCAUCUCCGAGGACCAGUCCUCAGCAGAGCAGACCCAGGCACUGGCUUCUCAGGCCAAGCAGUUCCUGGCCAAGGUGGAGUCCUUUGAAAGACUGAUACAGGCAGGACGUCUCAUGCCCCAGGACCAACUCAAGGGCUUCCAGCGGCUGAAGGCUGCCCACGCGGCCCUAGAGGAGGAGUACCUGAAGGCCUGCCGGGAGCAACACCCUGCCCAGCCGCUUGCUGGCUCCAAGGGGACACCUGGAAGAUUUGAUCCUGGCAGGGAGCUGGAGGCAGAGAUAUACCGUCUGGGAAGUUGCCUGGAAGAGCUGAAGGAACACAUAGACCAGACCCAGCAAGAGCCUGAGCCGCCCGGGUCAGACUCAGCUCUGGACAGUACCCCAGCCCUGCCCUGCCUCCACCAGCCAACACACCUGCCUGCUCCUUCCAGACAAGCCCCCAUGCCAGCCAUCAAGACCUCCUGCCCUGAGCCUGCUACCACCACUGCCGCCGCCAGCGCUGGCCCCCGCCCAUUGCACAUAAAUGUGGAGGUGAGCUCUGGCAACAGUAAGGUGGAGGACAGGCCACAGGACCCCCUGGCCCGACUCAGGCACAAGGAGCUGCAGAUGGAACAAGUGUACCAUGGCCUCAUGGAGCGGUACCUCAGUGUGAAAUCUCUCCCGGAAGCCAUGAGAAUGGAGGAGGAGAAAGAAGGAGAGGAGGAGGAGGAGGAGGAGAGGGGAGGUGACUCCCUAGAAGUUGAUGGGGUGGCUGCAGCUCCAGGGAAAGCAGAGGCCACCAGGGUCCUCCCAAAGCAGCACCUGGUGCAGGCUGAGAAAAGUCAUGGGGCUCCCCUGGAGGAGGCCACGGAGCAGAUGCUAUCUGUGAAGCCACCAGGUUUCCAGACAUCCCUGGCUAGAGACGGGCACAUGUCAGGCCUGGGCAAGGCUAAGGCAGCCCCUCCAGGCCCUGGCAUGCCACCCCACCCUCCAGGCACCAAGUCCGCAGCGUCCCACCAAAGUAGUAUGACCAGCCUGGAGGGAAGCGGCAUCUCUGAGCGCCUUCCACAGAAGCCUUUGCACCAAGGUUGUGGGCCCCACCUGGAGGAGCCCUGGAUGGCAUCCCCGGAGACAGACAGUGGCUUUGUUGGCUCAGAAACAAGCAGAGUUUCACCCCUCACCCAGACUCCAGAGCACCGGCUCUCCCACAUCAGCACAGCAGGAACAUUAGCCCAGCCCUUCGCUGCAUCUGUGCCCAGGGAGGGAGCUUCCUACCCCAAGGCCAGGGGUUCUCUGAUCCCCAGAAGAGCCACAGAGCCCAGCACACCCCGGAGCCGAGCACAGAGGCACCUCUCCAGCCCAAGUGGGCCUCUCCGGCAGAGGGCACCCAACUUCAGCCUGGAGCGGACAUUGGCAGCUGAGAUGGCGGUUCCUGGCUCAGAGUUUGAGGGGCACAAACGGAUUUCUGAACAGCUCCUUCCCAGCAAGACAAUCAGCCCACCCCCAACCCCCGCCACUGCCACUGCCCCUCUGCCCCGUGGACCAACAGAGACCAUCCCCAACUUCCUGCUCACCAGGGCAGGGCGAGACCAGGCCAUCCGUGAGCUGCAAGAAGAGGUGUCCCGGCUCCGUCUGCGGCUGGAGGACAGCCUGCACCGGCCACCCCAGGGCAGCCCAGCAUGCCCAGCGUCUGUCUUUGACCGCCCCGCCCGGACCCGCGGCCGACCAGCGGACUCCCCAGCCACCUGGGGCUCCCAUUAUGGCAGUAAAUCCACAGAGAGAUUGCCUGGUGAGCCUAGAGGUGAAGAGCAGAUUGUCCCUGCAGGAAGGCAGCGAGCCCGAUCUUCCUCAGUGCCUCGGGAGGUGCCCCGACUGUCCCUGAGUUCAGAAUCUGAGCUGCCCUCCCCGCCACUGUUCUCUGAGAAGAGCAAGACCACCAAGGACAGUCCACAGGCAGCUCGGGAUGGAAAGAGAGGGGUGGGCAGUGCUGGAUGGCCAGACAGGGUCACCUUCCGGGGCCAGUACACAGGUGGUGCUGCCACAGGGGACCCACUGGGACCGCCUCCCGCUGAUACCCUUCAGUGUCCCCUGUGUGGUCGAGUUGGUUCUCCCCCAGAGGCAAAUGGUCCAGGCUCAGCCACCUCUGGGGCAGAGAAGGCCACCAAGAGGAGAAAAGCACCUUCAACUCCCAGCCCCAAGCAGAGGAGCAAGCAGGCGGGGUCGUCGCCACGCCCGCCCCCCGGACUGUGGUAUCUGGCGACAGCGCCCCCAGCACCAGCCCCUCCGGCCUUUGCCUACAUCUCCUCGGUUCCCAUCAUGCCUUAUCCACCUGCCGCUGUGUACUAUGCGCCCGCAGGACCUACCUCAGCCCAACCAGCCGCCGAGUGGCCCCCCACAGCCUCUCCCCCACCAGCCCGGAGACACCGGCACUCCAUCCAGCUCGACCUGGGUGACCUAGAGGAGCUCAACAAGGCCCUGAGCCGGGCCGUGCAGGCUGCUGAGAGCGUCCGCUCCACCACCAGGCAGAUGAGAAGCUCACUGUCGGCCGACCUGCGCCAGGCUCACAGCCUGCGGGGCUCCUGCCUCUUCUGACUUCACUGGGGGCCCAGAGACAGAUGAGUGGGCGGGUGAGCAGGUGGCCUGCCAGGCCAGGAGUGGGCUGGAGCUGCUGAGGCCCAGAAAGCCCGCAUGGUUCCUCACCAGGAGGGUCUCCCUCCAGCACGGGCCCCACCUGCUCAGUCCCUGUGCUUUCCAAGUGGAGGGGGUGUCAGUUCGGUCACCAAGAGAAGCGACUUCCCAGGAGCACCAGUCCCCUCACAGAGGUGCUGUGAGCGAGGCCUCCUUCGGCCCAGGCGGAGCCUCGGGCAGUCUCUCCUGGUCCUGCAUGUGUCCACCUCCCGCUAAUAAUAGGUAUUUUGUAUACAGAUGGACAGAUAUUUUUUUAAACAGGGGAGUUUUCCUGAUCUUGGUUCCUCCUUAGGGGGCCAGACAAGAAAGGAAAGGCCUACGGUUUCUGGAGCAACCCUGUCCCCCACCUGUGACCAGUCACUCUGGGGCAAGCAUCUCUGGGAAGGGCACAGCCGGAGACCUUUCUCCUAGUGACUGGCAGUCAGCGGGGCAUUUUAGGAUGUCAGGGCCCCAGGGUGACAUGUGUCCAGCUUCUCUAUGGCAGCAGAGGCCUUUCCCACAGACCUGCUGGGGUGGAGACAAGCUACAAAGUGCCCAGGAUGCCAUCCACCGCGGUCCCCUUCAGUACCUCACACAUGGUCCCCAGCUUCUCCUAGGAUCCCAGUGGCAUUUAUCAGUGGCCAGCUACCUGCCAGGCCCAGGCUGGGGCACGGUCUGUGGCCACGAGGCCAGGCCGCCUCCCGCACCCCCACCCCGUGGCAGCGCAUACCUCUGCAUUUCUGGAAUGUGUGUGCAUCAAUGAUGUUUGUAUAUUUGAGGCAUUUAAAAAUCUAUUUUCGUUACAAGGGCAAAUGAAGAAUGAAUAUUGAUCUUAAAAAAAGAAAAGAAGACAAAAAAAAAAAAAAAUACCCAAAGCCAUCCAUGUCUCUGCUGUGUGUCAUUAAACUUUUGCCUUCUAAAGUCAAGUUCAUGGGGUGGAAAAUUUGAAGCCCAGACAAGCCCUUUCCCAGGGGAGCUGUUGGGUGCUCUGCCUGCCUCCCUCUGGUGGCUUCUGUUUCUCCAGUUUUCCCCCUUUGCCUAUCUCAGAACCACAAAUCUUUCAACUGCAGAGGGCUUUGACGUGGGGCUACCUAACCAAGUCCCUUUUGACUGAGGCCGGAGAUGUAAGCGAGGCACACAGCAAGUUGCUGUCUAUAAGAGCAUGCACCUGGACACUCCAGUGCUCCUUUCUCUCUCUCUUUCUUUUUUUUAAUUUUUUUUUUAUUUUUUUGAGACGGAGUUUCACUCUGGUUGCCCAGGCUGGCGUACAGUGGCGGAAUCUCAGCUCACUGCAACCUCUGCCUCCUGGGUUCAAGCGAUUCUCUUGCCUCAGCUUCCUGAAUAGCUGGGAUUACAGGCAUGCACCACCACGUCCGGCUAAUUUUGUAUUUUUAGUAGAGACAGGGUUUCUCCAUGUUGGUCAGGCUGAUCUUGAACUCCCAACCUCAGGUCAUCUGCCCACCUCAGCCUCCCAAAGUGCUGGGAUUACAGGCGUGAGCCGCGGUGCCUGGACUUCCAGUGCUCCUUUCAAUAGCGAACAGCAGCUGCCAUUUAGGGAGCAGCUGCUGGACCCUGAUCCCUGUGCUAAGCCCUGGGCAUGUCCUGCUUCACACAGUCCAUGCGCUAACCCUCCAGACCCUCACUCUGCCCCGCUUUUACUGAUGAGAGUGAGGUUCCACUGGGCCAUCUGCCCAAACUGGUUUGGGAGAGAGCCUGUGUUUGAACUCAUUAGUUUGACUCCAAAGUCCACAUUCUUUGUUGUGUGUUUUUUGCUUCCUGUACCUCCAUGAUUCUUUUUCUCUUGACCUCCUGUUUCUUCUUCAUGUGGCUUUUUCUUCUACCUUCCCCACUUCUCGUCUCCCUUGCUUCUCCCUGCCCUGCCCACCACGACUCAUUUCUGUUUUAAUUUUCAGCAGAUCCUCCUCAGUAGGGUUUAAAAUGGUGUCUCACUAAUAGUAAAACUGAAAUGGAAAAACUUCUUGUAGGUGUUGAGCCUUCAGUUCCAGGCCAUUGUGGGGCCCCAGAGGCUGUUCUGUCCCCUUGCCUUCUGAGGACAUCAGGUCGGUGUCCCCAGCCUCCGUGCUGUGGGCACAGCAGUGGUUUGAGUGCUGAGCAAAGGGUGCCAUAGUCUUGGCCCUGUGGAGUUUGGCUGCUAGGAUAGGAGGUACAAAGGGGAGUGGUGCCUGAGGACACAGGACUAGACCCCGGGGCAUCAGGGACUCAGGCUCAUGGUCCUGUCACCUGGGAUGGUGUAGACAGCUGCACACAUGGAAUUACUCAAACAACUCAGGCCCAAUUUUUCUGCCACAGGAGGGGUGCUGCUUCCCUCAUGUAACAAGAGGCUGUCAAUCACGAUCACCCAGGUCUGGGUGAGGCCGGCCCUUCGAGGCUUGUACCACUGAGUGAGCCAUGCCUCCAGCUUGGCUCCACCUCAUGGCUCCAUAUUUGCAACAUGUCAGCUGAUUUUCAGGGACCAGCCUCACCCUUAUGUGUUGUCUCCUUCUUCUGUGUCUCCCAGGUGAGCACCCUGAGGACAUGUCCAUGGAGACACCCAGCCCCUCUGGCCUGGGCCCCAAGCCCUCUGCAUCACCCCAGCCCUUCCCUGGCCCAGGCAACUACCUCUUGCUUGGAUGCCCACAGCAGCCUUCACUCAGGCCUUCCUGCCUGCAGCCUUGACCCCCAGCAUGCCUCCCCACAUGGCCAUGGUAAUACUGGAAUAAGGUCCUUGUGAUGGGCACCACAUGCCUGAACUCUCCCCACCUGAUCCACCUUGUAUUAGUCUGUUCUCACAUUGCUAUAAAGAAAUACCUGAGACUUGGUAGUUU